AGAAAAUCUUGUCUUCACCCUACAUGUGUCUUCAGGCUUCCCAGUUGCAUAUUACUUUAUUUUGCGUCAAUUGAGUCCAUAUGUUUUGCUUUCCCUUUUACCUUCAUCUUUUCGAAUCAUUAUAGGCUUUUCCUGCGCAUUGGAUCUCCUAAAAGCUCCUCAAGUCCACAUUCUUCAAGCGAAAGGGCUUGACUUGUUCUAUAUUUUAUUUGUCAGAAUUCUUUACUUUUUCAUACAGCAUGACUUUUAAGUUUUGGUGUUUUCUUUUUUACAUAACAAUUUGUAAAAUGUACUGUGUACACCGUAGAUUCACAUAGAAACCCGUGCUAUUUUGGUCGGCACUAGGACCGCGCGGAUUUCCGCGAUAGGUGCGGCUGCUUGCCGACUAGAGAGAGAGCAAGUAUAAUUUUAUAAAAUGCAAUCAAAGCGGACUGCACGGUGGAGAUUAAUUGAUGUCCGCGUUUGAGGACAGUCACAAGAUUUUACACUCUCCCUUUCAUAUGAUCAAGAACAAGCGAAGUUGCUAAAAGAGGAAAUCUUAGUAGCCCGAGAGUGUCCAGUUGCCGCAUUGUGUCUUCCAGAGGGAGUCCUGACUCCGGUCAUGGCGCUGCUGUUUUCGGGGGCAGUGACAAGUUCUCCUAUCAGGAAACGAGAAUCCCUGGCUGACCAGUCAUGUCACAGCGUCAGCUUGUCUCUGCUGUCCCCCAAUCUGACGUACGAGUGCGUCUCCAUCAACCCGCUGACGGGGUCCCCCUGCUCCUGUCGCCGUAGCCCCCGCCUCCUCUCCAACGGCUACUACGUCCUGACGGAGGACAGCUACGUGUUUGACGACGAUGGCAACGUCUCGCUCACGCCCUCCAAGACCAACGUGUCCUACAAGGAGAACCUGGUCAGGAUAUUCCGGCGGAGGCGCAGGGCCCGCCGGUCGCUGUCCAGCCUGUUUGGAGUGACCUCGUCUUGGCUGGAGAACAGCGUCUUUGAGGCGGUGUACCGACCCCCCCUCGGCGAGUCCUCCUGGAGCGAGGAAAGUACUUCUGGGCUGACGAAGGACUGCGACUUCAUUUAUGACCACAGUACACCACAGAAGCCCAGCCACGCAUCCUGUCUGAAGGAGGAGGGCGAGCUCACGGCUCUGGACACCGAGGCCUGCUUCUCCAAGGAACAGUUCAGCCAGUCCCUGGGGGGUUUCCUGGAUGUCCCGCCCCCCUCUCCCUUUAACGCCAAGAGCUGCUGUCACCACAAACCCCGCCCCUCAGAUUCCGUCAUGGUGACUGCCUUCUUCCUCAUCUUCCUGACCGUCAGCCUGUUCACGGCUCUUUUCUCCAGGUCCCUGCUGGCAGGAGUCGCCGUGGGGUCAAUCACGUUCACCCUGAUCCUGAUGUCCUUCUUCCUCGUGAAGUCUACGUUCAGGACGACGGUAAAGUGGGCCGGAGCGAAAACAGAGGAUAUCAGCUCAAGAAAGGAAUAGACAAACGGAAAGCAGCCGUGGGAAUUAAGGGUGACUGCAAAGAACAAAAGAAGACGAAAGAGGAGACAGACACUGGAGAAGGAAGAUCAAGGCGACGGGUCACAUUUUAUUCUGGAUUAUAAGUGAAACGUAUGUAAACAUAUGGACCGUAACAUGUCAUGUCUGGGAGAGUUUUUUGUCAACGGUUAUAACUGGGAUUGAAUUUUGUUUAUCAAUAAGGGUAUUUUAUAUUCUUGUGGUAAAUAAAAUACUCUUGAUUCUUGUGAAUGAAUGAUACAAAAUAGGUAUUAUUACCUGAGUAAAAUAAAAUGAAAGUAUAUGUAAUAGCCAAUACCGAAGCUUAUUUUGAUAUGGGAUGUCAGAGUUAGUAGAUUGCCUUGGUUGUUUUUGGGCUGUCCAACAUGGUUUUGGUGUAUGUAUAUAGAAGAUAUAUGAUCUGUAAAUCAGAAUAUAGAGCAAAUCCUGUGAAGAGAAACCAAAAAGUAAUAAUUGUUUGAGGUAUUUGCACGGGCUCUCUGAGUAGCACAUAGAUUUCUGAAAUUUCUAAUGGGUAAUUAGUGGUAAGUGCUGUUAUUUCGCGGCCAAAGGAUUGAGUAAGAUUACAGGCCUACGAGUAAAGUGCCUUUUGAGUCGACAGAGGGACCUCUGGACCCACAAGUCACAAUGUGCCUGACGGCAAAAUCAGCUCAGUGCCUACAGGCUGACUUCUGCAGAGCUCAGCCUGCGAGAAGGACGAUUCCAACAGUGUUCGAAUUGUGGAGUGGGGGUCCACGUUCAAUAUUUCAUAUUUACGAUGGCGCGACAGCAAUGUCGUUGUAGUCGUCAAACGUUGAUUCUGCUUCUGUUCUGGGGGCUACAGAUAAGGUCUUCGAUACUUUUUACUGAUGCCGGGCGAUGGCAGAGUCCUCUCAACCACACAUCCAGUCUCUGUAGGGAUCUAAACACGUCAUGCAGCGUUUGACACCGUGUCUUACGGUGUUUUUUUUUUUUCUUCCGGUUUAACGAAACAAUACUGUACGUUUAAUGAUACAAUAAACUUUACGUUCAUUCAUUUAUUUACUUUGCAGUGAUUCACAGUACUUUCACAGUAAUUAUUUGUUUGUUUAUUUAUUCAGUGAUAGUUGUUAAUUAUUUGUCAUACCAUACUCAUAUUCGACUUACGAUAUUAUCAACGUACGAUGAGUUCAUUGGAACGUGACUCCAUCGUAUAUCGAGGAGCAUUUGUAAUACUAAAUUAUAUUUGGGGGUGGGGAGGGGUGCUUGUCUUAUGUGAGGUCUGAGGAUCCCCCAGACUCUCUUCAAUUCGAACACUGGUUUCCAGUCGUACUGUCAAAAUACCAGAAGCUGUACGUAUGAUCAGCAUACGGCGUAUUAAUAUGCGUUACGCAGAAUUAGGUCGUUGUUAGUUUACAUUGCCGGUAUCUAUAAUUACCUCUCAUAGCAGAUAUGCAAUGGAUGGACUUGAAAGAACUAUUUUUAUGUUUUUGAGGGCUAAUGAUUUAAUAUCAGCACCUAGAUUGGGAACUGAGAAAUCAUUUACUGCUUACAGAUGACUGUACCGUUGUUGUACUAAACUUAAAGCAAAACAUGUUCCGAAGGAAACACUCCUGCGCAGAUUUACGAAGCUACGUUUAGCAUUACGGGAGAAAAACAAAAUCAUGUUUGGAUGUCCUGCAUUACCAAGCUGUUAGAGAAAUCAAGACUUAUGGUAUGUACUAAACAAUGCUGUUGUACUAUAAUAGUAGAUCUAUAGCAGGUGUCUCAAACUCUAUUCUUGGUGGGCUUCAGUCAGUCAUUAUUCAGUGAUUCCCUACAUACACCGUGGACAAAUACUGACAAGGCAGAAAAUAUUUAAAUAAGUACAAUCAAUUUUAAUUAAUGAAUCAAUUUUAGCUAACAAAUCAUAGCAAAAAUUAUUUGUAAGGACUUUGAUUUGCGGUAAUUUUGAAAUUUUGAAGUCCUCGCAUGAUGUCUUCGGUUUAAUGGGAAUGAAACUGUUUCCCUUGUACUAAAGUCCAUCAGUAACUAGCAUUAACUGACCGGCCUUCAGAGUUUGGGACAUCACUCUGCUGUGUUAUACUUCAAUGUCUAUGCGUGCUUCAACAUAAAUGUUAUGUCAUUAGUUUGCUUCUCAGAUUACAGACUCAAUGUGAAAGAAAUACUUAGGAAUGUGUAAUAAUCUGAGCUCUAAGUGCCAAAUGUGUUUGUGUUCAUAUCAGCACUUUUCCUAGAUACAGUAAAUGUUUUAAUCAGAAUUUACCAACUGGGUUAUAAACGAAGUGUACAAAGAUAAAUGUAAGUAUUGUAAAUGCUGUCAUUCAGGAAACCAAGGCCUGGUGCAGGGGGCUUGUGUUUUCCGUAAGAACGGAGAUGCAUGUUUUUCACCAGUGAGCUGUCUGUUAUUUUUAGGCAGUGAACAUCAAAAUACGGUCUCAUAACCAAAAUAGCUGUAGUAAAAUCCUGUUCCAGCUGUAAGCACUUGAAACGUAUCUGAAUAUCAGCAUUCUGCCUUAGUUGAAGCUGAAACUGAAGUACAAAUUAUGUCUAAAGCCAAGAUUUUUUGAGCAUUGGUUUUAGAUUUGACUCUUGAUGAGUAAAUCCUAAAUGUAGGAUUGUUUAGGAGAGAACAAAGUAAUUUCUAUUUAUCUGAAUUCUGACUUGUGAUUUAAUAGCACAGAAGAAAAGUUACUUAGGAUAUAUUGCACAUUACUGUAAACAAAAUUGUUUUCAGUGCUGUAAAAUUAGCGUGCGUGUUUGUUCCUCGCAAACAUACGCAAAUAAACUCAAGGCACUUCUGAAGUUGUACACUUUCAUCUUUUUUUGUAUUUUCUCAGUGUUUUUAAACAUUUUAAUAUGACAAGUGAUUGAAGUAUUUACGCUAAUUGAGUAAAAUAUAGUAAAAGGAUUAACCCAGUUGGCAAACAUUUUUGUCCUGGUGACAUUUCUCAGCAUGUUCUUGAGAGAUGUCUGACAUACCAUAGAAGCCACCAGCAUUGAAUGUUUUGUGCGACGGCAAAAGGCCAGCGCACCGAAAAUGUGUUAAACGUUUGUGCCGUUACUGUUGUUCUUAUUUUAAUCAAUCAUUAAAUAAAAAUAUACAUUAUUAGUAAAAACGUA